CUGGCCUUGUCCAACACUGGCCUGCCAGCUGUUUACUCUUUACGCGGGAAGCAUAGACGCCUAAACUCAACGGGAAAUCAGCAAUAACCACGAAAUAAACGCAGAUAAGCCAGAGCAAAAUGGUCGAACGCAUCGAGGAUCUUAACCUGCCGAACGCCGUGAUUGGCCGGCUCAUCAAGGAAGCACUGCCGGAGUCAGCCAGCGUCAGCAAGGAAGCGCGAGCAGCGAUCGCCCGAGCGGCAUCUGUGUUUGCCAUCUUUGUGACAUCCUCGUCGACGGCUUUGGCCCACAAGCAGAACCACAAGACCAUCACGGCCAAGGAUAUUCUACAGACCCUCACCGAGCUGGACUUCGAGAGCUUUGUGCCCUCCCUGACGCAGGAUCUGGAGGUCUAUCGCAAAAUGGUCAAGGACAAAAAGGAGAGCAAGGCCAGCAAGAAGGACUCCAGCACCACCGAAAAUGCCAACGCCAUUGCCACAGCAGCCGCGGAGGUAGCUGCCGAGUGAUGACGGAUCAAUUAUCCUUCUUAGUCCUUAAGAACAAAGCUAGUAUUAAGCAUAAGCAAAUAACAUUAAAUAUAAGCAGUAUCUAAGUA